AUGACUCUGUUAUUAAAUGAUUUGAAUAAGUUAAAUACAAGACAAACUAAGCUGAGCUUACAUAGUCAUAUUCAGGGUUUGGGUUUGGAAUACAAUCUCCAAGAUGUGUCUGUAAAUCCGGUACUUUUUGAAUCUGAUGGUUUUGUUGGCCAAGUUGAGGCUCGAAAGGCAGCUUAUAUAGCAUUAUCAUUAAUCAAAAAAAAAUCUCUUUCUGGCCGAAUUAUGAUUCUUGCUGGAAAGUCUGGAACCGGUAAAACAGCCAUUGCGUAUGCCAUGUCUCAAGCGCUAGGGAAUGAUAUCCCAUUCACACAUUUGAUUGGUUCUGAAGUUUACAGCAUGAAUUUGAGUAAAUGCGAGGUGUUGACGCAAGCAUUGCGCCAAUCUGUUGCCGUAUAUAUAAAAGACCAGGUUGAAGUUGUCGUAGGAGAAGUCGUAGAAAUAAUAAUUGAAACUACUAAAAACGGUACAAGAAAAGCCAGUUUGACGCUUAAAACCACCGAUAUGGAAGGACUCUACAAAAUCGGACCUAAGCUAAUCCUUGCAUUUGAAAAAAAAAACAUUACGUCUGGCGACAUCAUUUCUUUAGACAAAAAAACUGGACGCGUUACAAAGUUGGGCAGAACUUACAACCGAUCAAUUAAAUAUGAUGCCGUGUUAAACGACGAUGUUUUGAUGGAAACACCAUCGGGCGAAUUACAACAAUCAAAAGAAGUAAAUUACCACGCUUCCUUGCACGAUAUUGACGUGAUAAACAGUCGUACAGAAGGGUUUACUGCGUUGUUUGCAGGAGACACGGGUGAAAUACCGUAUGAAAUUCGGCAAAAAGUUGACGAAAAAAUAAGUGAAUGGAUUCUUGAAGAAAAAGCCAAACUUGUUCCAGGAGUUUUAUUUAUUGACGAGUCUUACUUACUAGACAUUGAAUGUUUUUCAUUUCUGAAUAAGGCUUUAGAAGUUCAGGGAUUGCCACUAGUUAUUUUAUCAACUAAUAAAGGACUGGCAAACGUUCGCGGAACCAACCAAAUAUCCCCACAUGGUAUUUCCACCGAUUUAUUGGACAGAGCAUGGAUCAUUAAUACAAAACAAUACACUAUAGAUGAAUGUAGGAAAAUUUUACAGCUGCGCAUAUCGCACGAACAAGUAUCAAUAGACACAGACGCUGCCGAGCUUCUAGUGCAAAUAGCUACUAAGUCUAGUUUGCGUUAUACAAUAAACUUAAUCGCUUUAUGCAAAAUUUAUGCUUAUAGAAAAAACCAUGAAGCUAUAGCAGUGUCAGAUGUUGAAGCGACUUACAAAUUAUUUUUUGAUGUCGGCCGCAGCAUUGAAUAUAUUAAAAGGAUGGACAAACUUUUUUGUUAA